AGGAUAUCUUCCGCCUUCUCGACAGUGAUCUCUUUUUCUCCUCCGGGAACGCCAUCGAAGCCAAGGUCGCGUCUGUUUAUCCUGCGUCUGUCCAGAAGUCUGUCGCAUCUGCUUGAGGAGCUCCAUAUUAAAGCAGGAAUGGAAAAGAAAUUUCUCCGAAAUCGCAUUAAUGGCCAAGAUUUGGAUUGGUGAACAGGAGCAAUGAAGCAUUAGUGAAGAAGUUACAUGUAUGAAGAAGGAAUAAAAGCUGUGAUGACAGAUCAAGGCAAAAUGAUGAGUCAGGAGGAGGAUCUGUCACCUGACAUCAAGGAUUGGAGUAAGCAUCAAGUGAGAGAAUGGGCUCUCAAAGUGGAUGGUGUGGACAACAUAGUUGCUGAAAUACUCUUUAAGCAGGACAUUUCUGGGCAUGCUCUUUUGCUUUUAGAUACAACAGACUUAAGAAAAAUGAAUGUAACUUUUGGACCAGCAAAACUUAUUAUUCAUGCCAGAGAUGAAGUCAUGAAACUGAGGAAAGAGGGGGCAAGCUCUCUAACAAGCUCUACAAAUCAGCCUGGAAGACCAUGCAAGCCCUAUCCAUUUUGUAGGUACCAUGAUGCAGAUAGAUACAUGGAAAACAGCAUUCUUGAUAUUACAGAAUCAGGUGCCUCAGACUUGAUUGAACCCUGCCAUGAGUAUAAAGCUUUUAUCAAUACAACAGAUGAAACAAAAAUGAGCAAGUUCACUGAUGAGGUUAUUCGCUUUGCUGCUGCUUGUAUGAAUAGCCGCACUAACGGCACUAUACAUUUUGGAAUAGGGGAUGAGCCAGACUUCACUCAUGGUCAAGUGUUGGGAGUGGUUGUGAAGGACAAAGAGGCUUAUGCAAAUAAAUUAAAAUCUGCCAUUGAUCAGUGUUUUGAGUACAAACACAAACAGACUGCUCAAACUUGCAUCAAACCUCCUCGAUUUGUUGGGGUUCUCAAUAAGAACAUGACAUCAUCUGACAAAUGUGUGAUAGAAGUGGACAUAGUUCCUGACUCUACAAUCUGUGAAGAAAAUAUCUAUCACACUUUAAACAUGGGCACAAAAAAAGCCAAGAAAAAAGUAAAAUAUAAAGAAACAGUUGAAAAUGAAACAAAACAGUCAAAGCAAUUCUUUGUUAGAGAUGGUGGUAGCAGCAGGGAUCUCCUUGCGCCAGUCACAUUUGCCAAACAUAUGGAGGAGUACAGCAAGUUUAUUGACAGUAUGAAACAACGCUCACAACUUCGAAAAGAAGCUGAAGAGAAACACCUCAGUGUGAUAAAAAGCAGCACCCAAGGCUCUAGAUUAAGUAAGAUGAUAACCGGUGGAUCUUUCUCUUUAGAUAAAUCACACUUUGAGCAGUAUGUGAUAGUGACAAACAAAGCACAUUCAAGCCAGUUUGAUUCUCUAGGGUUUUUUGUAGAACUCAACCCAACAGCAGUUUUGGACUUUGAUCCAGAAUCAGCUAAACAUGGAUUACAGUCUCACUUCGAACAGCAGAGUGCAGUAAGUGUCCAUUUACCAGCACAGUAUAAAAUAACAGAGCGAAUUGAGGACAUUGCCCACAAAUUGAAAUUAACCCGAAACACCAGUUGGGUUUUCUGCAAUGGUGGUAUUGAGGAUGAGGCACCCUCAGACAUAGACCAGUGGUUGAUGGACAAGGGAGCCUCCAUUCGAGAUGUGAUUUCCUUCUUGUGUCGGAAAGAUGUGCUUCCAAACAAGAGAUUCCUGGUCAUUUUUGUACUUUGGUCAACAGUGAGUGAGAAAAUUGAUCCUCUCGUUGAGACUUUCAGUACAUUCUGGCAGGAGCUCAGAGGCACAGAGCAAAUCCUUUGUAUAUGUGACAAUGAAAAGGCAUUUACCUCCUGGAAAGACCUAAUUGAAGCUCGGUGUGGAAUCAACAUCUCUGGUAGAUGUAUAUAUGAGCUUAAUUUUGCUGAAGUGAAUGGCACUAUCCUUAGCCUUUUGUCAAAAAACCGUAGAUCCAACCGUUUCCUACCCUGUGGUGGGGGAAGCAGAGUUCUUCUUGAGAAAAAAGUGGAGCGUAGCUUGAAUACCUUAGAGGUCUUGUGUGUGAACCAAUGUGAAGGUGGAGAUGAGGACAGGAUUGUCAAAGAGGAGAACUUCUACAGAGGAGGAAAAGUAUCAUGGUGGAAUUUCUAUUUCUCAGAGCAGCCUGGAUCCACACCAUUCAUCAAACGAGACCAGUUUGACUACAUCAUGAACACAGUCAUACCAGAUUUGUGUUCUCUAAGAAAAGCCUGCGUGUUGUUUAAUCUCAUCCAUGUGCCUGGAUGUGGUGGGACAACUUUGGCCAUGCAUACUUUGUGGGCUCUCCGGGACAGAUUCCGUUGUGCUGUCCUCAGAGACAGCAAUGCAGACUUUGCUGAAGUAGCUGAUCAAGUGGUCAAACUUUUAACAUAUGACCAUGAGGAGAAAUUACCACGGGUGCCUGUUUUGUUGAUGAUAGAUGACUUUGAUGAUAUGGAAAAAGUAUUUGACUUGCAGCAACUAAUUGAAAAAGAAUGUGCGAAGAACGACAUUCAGUCUAAGUCUGCACAGGUACUUCUCCUGAACUGUAUGAGGUCAGAGUCCUCUGAGACAACUGAACCAACUGGAGACACUGUACACAUUGGAAAUAAGCUCUCCGAGACAGAGCAGAAACUGUUUGAGGAGAAACUUGUAGAAAUAGAGAAAACACAUAAGAAUGCGGACACGUUCUAUGGUUUCAUGAUCAUGAAAAAGAACUUUAAGCCAGAGUAUAUUCAAGGUGUUGUCCGCAACACUCUGAAGAGCUUCAACAUGAAUCAUAAACAUGCACAACUCCUGGCUGUUUUAGUUCUGUUGAACGUAUACUGCAAGGAUGCCUCUCUCUCUGUCUCUCUGUGUGAGGAAUAUCUUGGUCUUCAACCAAAACCAUUUUGUGGAACCAUCAAAGUCGAAGAAGGAUUUGGUAAAUUUUCCACUUUAAUUACCAACUGCUCAGUUCAGGGUAAGGUAGUAUUCAAAGCUGUGAAAAUGAUCCAUUCAAGUAUUGCAAGACAGUGUUUGCAAGAACUUAACGCAACACACAAUGUGAGCAAAGCUGAUAUCACAGACCGCCUUCUGACCACAAGCAAGCUUUAUGAGAGCACACAAGGCAAAGACGAACUCCUGCAAGACGUACGCCACAUUUUGGUCAAGAGACAUCAUUCAUUGGAGGAGGAAUCUCAGUUCUCUCCCCUCAUUCAAGACAUUGCAAAUGAAACUCCAGGACUGGAAGAGAUGGUGCUGAAGAAUGCAUCAAAAAGAUUUGAAAAAGAUGCAGUUGUCUCCCAGUUACUAGCCAGGUACUAUUACUUAAAAAAGAAGGAUUUCUCAGAGGCAAAGGUUUGGGCAGGGAAAGCAAAAGAUCUUUCCAACGACAGCUCAUAUAUUGCAGACACAUCAGCACAAGUGAUCAAGCAUGAGCUGAAAAAUGCUAUUGCAAAGUACAAGGAAGAGUCUAUUAGUCCUGAAAGAUUGAGCAUGUUUCUCAAAAUGGCUCAGUCAGCAAUAGAUGCAUUCAAAGAAACACAGAGCCUUGCAAAGAAGGAGUCAGUUCAACGAUUAAAAAUUAAGACAGACAACUGCUCUUUCAAUACAUGUGGGUGCCUGGGAGAAGUUCAGGUUGGUGUACUUGUCAUUGAAGUACUGUCAAAGAUCCCUGUAUUUUCGAAGGACAAAGUGCGCCAUGACAUACUGAGCCAGAUUCUCUCUGGAGACAUGACACUUCAGAAUGUAGAGCGGUGUGAUCAAUGGCAGAACAAACACAGAUGCUACUACAUCCCUCUCAGACAAUUUGAGGAUUUACUUUACAACCUUAAAUACAGAAUGAAAAUUAACUUUGACUUCCUUGACAAUUUUUAUGUGAACUUGGGCAGAUUCGGAAUGAAAGACAGUCGUGAACAAGUGUCCCAAAAUGAGCUUUUCAGAUGUUUCAAACAGUAUGCCAACCUUUUCUGCAAGACAGAUUCUUCAGCUCUUUGGAAGAACAAAACCAUGUUUGAAAAGCUGAAACUACACCAGGUAAGACAAUUCCUGGAGAUGCAAAAAGCUGACACCUACUCUGGGAUUCUGAAUUGUCUCUCAAAUCAUUUCUCAACUGAAAUAAUGGAGAAGAUUGCCAAACAGUAUGAGUUUGUUUGUGUUCGUAACCCAACUGUGACAGAGAGAAUCAAUCUCAUCUAUGUCAACGUUGUGUUGAGUUGUAUCAAACUUGAAUCACAACACCUUCAGCCAUACCAGAAACUAAUUCAUCUCCUUUGCCAAGUUCUGCGUGAGCAAAUUCCAUUAAAUGAUAAUUUGCCACUGCACUUCAUUGCAGUUAUGCUCUUGUGGCAACAGCAGGACCGUCCAGAAUCUAGAGCUCUGGGGAAGUACAUCUCACAGAUGAGGACCUCUUAUCAUGCAGAGAUGAGGGAAGUGUACAAUGGUAAGAGUCCCAUUGUCCAUUUCUUCUUGGGGAAGAAGCAGGGAUAUGAACGACUUGUACCUUUUGAAAAAAUCAAAAGGAGCGUCAUGGUUGGGCAGGAAGAGUUUGCUUCCAUGUGGAAAAAUGGCAAAAUAUGGAAAGAGAAGAAGGUGGAGGAACUCCUUUGCAGGGUCACAGGCGAGGUGAAUAACAACUUGAUACUGGCACACACAUUAAUCCCAGAUCUUAAGGUCGAAGUUACUCCAAUGUUUCGAAGUCAGCUUAGUGGGCGUGCUGAAGGGUCAAAAGUGUCAUUCUUUACUGGUUUCUCAAUAAAAGGCCCCCUUGCAUUUGACAUAAACUAAACCUUAGAAGCACCCUGUUCAGUUAGUAUUAGUUUUGAUCAGUAGAUUCAGCUUAUCAUUGUGGAACUGUUUUAUUCAGGUAAAGUGAUUGAGUUGCUUGCAUGCUUAUUUAAUUGUGAUGCUUUGUUGCAUCUUUGUGUGUAUUUUACACUCUGUAUGUUACAUUAUUGACACCAUAUUUUUUGUAAAGGAAAACAUUUGUCAAGUAUAACCUAAAAUCAAACCUCUUAAAAUGUAUCAUAUUAAAAUAUACACUGUACCUCACGAUUAACUGUAAAUGUGACCAAUUUUCUGAGUGUAAAAAAUUUUAAUGUUCUUUUUUCGAUAUUGAAAUUAUCUAAAAUUUGACAAGGAAUUUAACUAUUACCUUUUGUUAUACUCUGCAGUAACUGAUUAAAUAUGUUAUAUAGAAAUUUAACAUUGUUCCAUUAAAUUUAAUAACACAUUACAAAUGUUAUAAUACAUUUACUUUUGAAUUAAAAAGGUAUAUUUUAUGUUGCAUGUUCCAUCAUUGGUACAACUAAUUUGCUUCAUAUACCCUUUGAACGAUUUACUUUUUUUGUCUUUAUUCAUGAACUGUGUGUUAUGUUUUUUUGUAAUUUAACAUUGUUCCAUGAAAUUAAGUAACACGAAUCACAAAUGUUAUAAUACAUUUACUUGAAUUGAAAUGGUGUACUUUAACAUAUAUGUAAAAAUUUGAUCAUACAUGUACUGUUUUUGAUACAACUAACCCUUUGAACAGUUUUAUUUUUUUGUGUGUGUAUUUGUUCAUGAACUGUGUGUCAUGUAGUAAUUUAACAUUGUUCUAUGAAAUUAAAUAACAUGCAUUACAAAUGUUAUAAUACAUUUACUUUGAAUUGGAAUGGUGUAUGUUAACACCCUUGAACAAUUUUAUUUUACUUUUUUGCAUUCCAUGAAAAACAGAGAUGAGUGUUGCAAUGCCUUCACUUUCCAAUAAAGCUGUACUACUGAAACAUUA